CGCGUCUUCAUCACAUCAUGGUCAAGUUUAUCGUCGCCGCCCUCGCGCUCGUCGCCAGCACUUUUGCGGCCGCUGCUACCGUCGACACGCCGGUGCUGGGUGUCGCUACCAAACUGAGCGCCGAGGCGGGUCAUACACAACAAAACCUUCGCGAGGGCGCCCAGAAGGAGUGCUUUGGGUCGAUCUGCGGCUUUGGUUGGGGUCUUGGUGGCGGCUGCGGUCUCUUUUGGCCGUUCCGUUGCGGCGGCUGGUUCUAG